UCAACAUCUAUGACAAAAGAAAAAGGAAAUGUCAGUCAAAGGAAGCACCAGUUCUGUAGCGGUAGCAACAAUCCAGGAAGGUCCUGCAAAACGGGCGGUACUAGUUAGGGCCAGUAAAAAGCCUAAAGAGGAUAGCGCUUCAUCAACUCAGAGAAGCCCCAAGAUUGUGAAGGAGACUAGAGCAGUGAUCAUAGACAUUGGCACAGGUUACUGUAAGUGUGGAUUUGCUGGAGAGCCUCGUCCCUCCCAUGUUAUUUCAUCUACAGUGGGCAAGCAUUUCCAGGAGACUGCUAAAACUGGGGACAAUCGCAAAGAAACCUUUGUUGGAAAAGAACUUCAGGAUGUGAAAAUACCCCUAAAACUGGUCAAUCCCUUGAGACAUGGCAUAGUGGUCGAUUGGGAUUGUGUCCAAGACAUUUGGGAAUACAUUUUCCACAAAGAGAUGAAGAUUCAGCCAGAGGAGCAUGCUGUCCUGGUAUCAGACCCUCCACUGAGUCCUACCACCAACAGGGAGAAAUAUGCCGAGAUGCUGUUUGAAACGUUCUGCACUCCUGCCAUGCAUAUCGCCUACCAGUCCAGAUUAUCUAUGUAUUCAUACGGAAAGACCUCCGCUCUUGUGGUAGAAAGUGGCCAUGGUGUUUCAUAUGUGGUCCCUAUCUAUGAAGGUUAUACUAUGCCAAGUAUUACUGGACGAGUAGACUAUGCUGGAUCAGACCUCACCCAUUACCUCAUGAAGUUAUUAAAUGAGGCUGGGAAAACAUUUACUGGGGAACAACUAAGUAUGAUAGAGGACAUUAAGGAAAAGUGUUGCUAUACGUCUCUGGACCUUCAGCAUGACAUGAGUUUGCCUCUCCGGAAACAGCAGGUUGAUUAUGAACUUCCAGAUGGGCACCUAAUUCCCAUUGGCAAAGAGAGAUUCCUGUGUGCUGAAAUGCUCUUCAAACCAUCCUUGAUAGGAUCACAGCAGCCAGCACUUCCAUUGCUGACCAUGACCUGCCUCAGUAAGUGUGAUGCUGAUCUCAAGAAGCGGCUGAUGGGCAAUAUCUUGCUGUGCGGAGGCUGUACCCUGCUGAAGGGUUUCUCUGACCGUUUCCAGAGCGAGCUGACCAAGAUGUGCCCCAAUGAUGACCCCAUCGCAGCAGCAGCCCCUGACAGAAAGUUUUCUGUCUGGACUGGAGGGUCAAUUUUGGCAUCACUCAAUGCCUUUCAGCAGCUCUGGGUUUACAGAAGAGAAUAUGAAGAACGGGGUCCUUUCUUCAUCUAUAGGAAAUGUUUCUGAGUACAAAGUGGACAAGAUUGAGCUUAGAAUCAGUACGGCCACCCUGAGGGGACUGUAGAUGUCUAAGAACCUCUGUUUCUUUCUCAGAUACUGGUAACAAACCGAGCUGCUAAAAUGAAGUUUGGAUCUGUGUUCCACUGUGGCUGUAUUAAAUGCUCAUAGCAUUCUGUGUUGCACAUUAACAGCUUUUUAUCUCAUCUGUUUCAUAGGAAUUUUCACUAUAGCCUAUUUGACAAAAGAGGAUUUACCAGUGUAAAAGGGAUAUAGCAGCUGGUACAGACCCAUUGUCUAUUGCAGUGGUUUUCAGCCUGUGAUCCAGGGACACUGGGGGGCCAUAGACUAAGAUUUUCAAAGGGCUCCCUCACCUUCACUUGAAAUUUUUUAUAGAUUUGCAAAUGAAAAAAGGUUAAACUCCUGAUUAAGUGAUAGAGGAAAAACAGCACCACUUCCAGCAUCUACAGUGAGUCUGCUGCUGACCACCAGCUAUGGUCACAAUGGAAUUUUUCUGACUAAUAGGUUACCCCUUAGUGCCUCAAAUAGGUCCAGGCUGGUAGCCUAGAGUUUCAGAUUAACCGAAUAUGUAGCUCCAUGGUCCACUCUAGGUGUGCUAAACAGGUCUCCAGCAAUCUGUGGGCAGGGACCUUUGUCCUACUCCUUUUGAGUGUGUUUGG